UAACCAGGGGCGGACUGACAACUCAUGGGGCCCCAGGGCAAUAGGGGAUCAUGGGGCUCCUGUGUCCUUGCCCAAACUCAAAAAUGCCUAGGAAAAGGUACCAGAGGCAUUUCAUGGGGCCCCCUACUGACCCCGGGCCCUCGGGCAGUGCCCGAGUUUUCCAAAUGGUCAGUCCGCACCUGGGGCCAACAUUAGAAGAUUAUGCCACACAUUACCCACUCUUGAAGACCAAGCCUUUUCUGACACUUUUUAUUCAUUUAAUUUUUUUUUUUAAUUCUCAAUAAUGUUAUUUUUUAUUUUAUUUUUUAAAAA